AGGGAAGUAAUUGGCCGAAAAACGGUGGAAAACAUGGCGAACUUCAUGCAGUAAUUUUUGGCAGACGUUGCGUUUAGUUCUUAAAAAAGCUUGCGAUAAGCCUCAAACAGUACAUCGUGUGAUCAGAAGACCAUGUCCUUGGCACUGGAGUCAAACUCGGGCUCUCUUUAUGGUUGCAAGAACUCGUUGUUCAUCCAAGCAGUUUUUUCGUCGCCCUUGGCUUCGAUCCAAACCACAAUGCAUGAUUUGACGAAACUUUUUUGUAUAUCCCGAAAUCUUAAUUCUUCUCGGCUUUCUUUGCAAACAACAUCGUAUUUCAGAUGUCCGUUGAUCUAUAAAAGAAUGUUAAAAAUGCCCGCCGAAGACAGCAGUGGUGUGGAAUUUCCGAAUGCAAUUCAGAAAAGAAGCCUUUGUCAUUCUAAAAUCACAGCAGAUGAAUUAUUUGAUUAUGGGAGAAAACUUGUCACCGAAUUAAUUCAUCAAAAUACACCAGAGAUUCUUCAAGAAAGCGAGCUGUUGCGAGUCGUUAAAUCAGCGUUAGGUUUGUCAUAUUGUGAUCAAAGAUGUUCCAAGACUGACGACGAGGGUGCAACAAGCUUUUCUUGGAACGACAAGGAUAGUAUUGCAAAUACCUUCUGGCAUUUCGGAGAGGAAAAAUGGAAGGAGGCAGCUGAAAAGAUUUCAAUGUAUAAACCAGAGAAGGUGAUCCAUGAUGCAGUUGAGGUAAGCUUGUCAUAGGAGAAAUAAUAGUCUUUAAAAUUUAUUUUGACGUCUUUCUAUAACACUAUAAACUAAACACUUUGUUCUAUUAGACCAACAGUAAUGGUGGUGUUUAGAUAAUGGCUAAGUUGUAGUUAGCUCAGUCUACCGACAAAACAAAACAUUUGCCGGUUUAGUCCCUCUUUAUUUUAACAAACAAACCAUUUAGCUGUUAUAAAUAAUGACCAAAUUUCACCUUUCAAUUUAGCUAAAGUGUUUGUUAGAAUACAGAGUGACUUAUCGACUAAUCUAAUGGAGAGCUUGGGCAGUCAUUGCCCGUGGGGGAGGGGGGCACUCCCUUACAUAGCCUCCGAUGUAGACGUUCCUUUGGCUCGUCAAACAGUCCUUCCCCUUUGCGGGUAAGAAACGUGUGACAAAAUUCGAAGAAUGUCUGCAUAGAAGGCUAGUACGUGCUACUUAACAGGGUAUGUUUUGCGGUGUAUGUUUCAGUAUUUUAGUGUCUUGAACAGAGUGUCUUUCUUGUCCAGAAGCCCUUGAUAUUAAGCUGUACACUCAGUAAUGCAUGCAUGCUCUACAUGUUUGGCAUCAACGAUUUUAAAUCUAAUUCUAUGAUAUUUUUUAUAUGUAUAAACACUUCUGUAUUUAGAGCUGCAAGUAGAUUAAUAAUUAGCCAUCUGACAAUAUCCUACUGAAUUUUUUUUUAUGUCAAAUGAAACCCUUCUUGCAGUUGAACAUGAUUACAGUGUACCAGACAAAUCAAAUCCCAGAGACCCUCACUUUAAAGCUGAAGAUUUGCAUAGUACUUAAAGAUAUUUAAAACACAAUGUAAUGAAUGCCAAAUUAUUUUUUCAGUCUGCUUGACAAAAUGGUGAUCUGGUCUUCUGCCGUUGCGUGUUACUAGCUUGUGAUUGAAAGGAUACAAUGCAUGUGAGGCAACUGCCUUUUAUCACAAGUUUUUUUUUUCAUGUGAGAUUGUCAAUAAAUAAAAACAAAACUUGUUGCAUUUGUAUAUGUCACAAGGUAAACAAGCGUACGUUGUAUACUUGUAUGAGAGAACUGUGACUUUGAGAAACUUGAUAAUCAAGAUGUUGACGUGCGACAUCCAUGCCAUAAUUAUUAUUGUCACCUAGUCUAUACAGCCACCUCGUUGUUUUGUCACAGAGAAAUAGCCAUACCUUUUCUUCCUACUACAUUAUUUCAGCGUGUUCACCACUCAAACCAUAGCCAAGUCUGCAUUCUGUAAAACAGACAAGUAGCAAACAAAGAUACUUGUAUACUGUAGAUCUUGAGAAACAUUAAUGAGAUUGAUGUGUUAAUAAUACUGCCAAUUGAACAAAAAAUGGGCAAAAUGAAAAUGUGUCCAGUCCUAGUAUGAAGGAAAAGUGAUUUUUCAUUGCCAUCCUUUUUAUGACUUCAAAUCCAAAGAAAACUAAUCUCUCUCACAAUGAAUGAUGCCAAUUAAAAGUAACUGUUGCCCAGAGACAUGGCAUUUCUAUAGUGCCACUGCAAAGCUAGAGAAAGGUAAUGUGCAUGCCCUUCAUAUUGUCUUUAAUGAGCAACAAACGCCCUACUCUGAACUACUAAAUAGAAUAGGUUUACCUUCACUAGUGAAUCAACACCUCGCUAAAAUAACUUAUACAGUUUUUAAUGUCAUUAACAAUGAACAUGCACCAAAGAGCAUCAAAGAUCUGAUCUAACAUAGAAACAGUAAAUAUGACCUCAGGGGAAAUGACAUUUUAAAGCGGUCAAUGGCUAACUUUUCAACUUACGUCCUUAAAUCGUGGUGAUUUACAGCACCAAAACUUUGGAAUUCUUUACCUGACUCACAUAGAACUAUAGGAUCUUUCAAGGCUUUUAAAAAUAGUAUAAGAAAACUGGACUUAUCAGGUUUAAUAUAAUUACCUACUACAUGUACUACUACUGCCAGUUUAUUUUAUUGAAAAUAGAUUUAGCUUUUGUCUCAUUUGUGAAAUUUUCUAGUCUUAUGUAAAUAGUUUUUACAUUAUUUUCAUGUUUUUAAUUAGUCAUUCUGUAUAUAUUUUGGUUAUAAUUAUCUAUUCAUGUUUAAAUAUUUUUAAUGUGUAAUUAUACCUGUAAACUAGCUGGUGAGUUGUCUCACGAAAGCAAAGCACAAUUUACACAAUAAACUUGAGUUGAGCUUUACAUUUUUUUUAUGUUUUGUGCAAAAAAUGGCAACCAUAAUGUUGCACCCUUUACUAAAAACUGCAUUUCUCCCACAUGAACUAUAACGAAGCAGUUUGUUUUAUUUAUAACAUCAAGUUUUGACCUAGCCAAACAUUUGUGGGUCAUUUAAAAAUUUGCUGUCUGUUUUUAAUCUUGGAAUUGCCCGCAAAAAAUCAUUCACUGCUGUCAAAUAGAAAUUUCCUUGUGCUUGGACCUCAUAGUGCAUUUCAAAGAGUUUUUUAUAACUUUCUUUGUUGCAUACCAACUGUCAUCAAUAUCUCUAUCACCAACAAAUCAGUUGAAAAAUAACCUAGGAUAUUGAAGGCUUUUUUUAUGCAUUCAGGUUGUUAUCAGAUAGUUGAAUGCUGCCUCAAAUCUAGAAGUUUCUGGGCCAGGUUUCUUGAAAGAUGGUCAAGUUUAACCCAGGAUUAAACCAAGCAAGGUUUUCUUGUGUAAGAUCAUGUAACUCUUGCUUAUAAAAUGCUGUUGAGCCUUAAAAUGUGACUCUAAGCUAUGCAUUGGAAGGUAACUAUAAAAAAAGGAAAAAACUUUAAUCCUGCAUUAGUGCUAAUCUGCAGCCUUUCAGAAACCAGGCCCUAGCUUGUCUGUAAACACUUUCUCUUUGGAUGAAGACAAAAGAUGUAUUAUUGGGAGUUGUUGUUGUUGCUGUUGUCUUCACUUACCUGUGGAUUAUAAUCCUGUUAAAUUCAAAUCACCUGAUUAUGUUUUGAGCAUUGAUGCAAGAUCACAUGCUGUGUACGUGACUUGGUAUUUUGAUCCUCCAAAAUUUCAAGUAUGUCCAAACCCAGGUUUUUUUAUUCAUGGGCUACAGCUCAUAUAACAACCAUAUUGCAAUAAAAUGGAGGAGCAGUAACAGGACUGUCAUCCUCCUUGAAUCUUUUUCAAAACUUAGAGUUGCUGGCUGAUUUUACUACAGUAGGUAGCUGAUAAAGCUGUCUCUAGUACGUGUACAUGUACAUGUAUAGAGACAUGAAAGAUACGAGAUCUUUAUUUUAUACUUAAAACUAGCAACAACAACUUCCCAGUUUUCUGUUAAUAUACUGCUAGACACUAUGUAUAUACAUCCUUCGCAUCUGAUUCAGUGUUUUAUUGCCAAGAUCAUAUAUCUCAUAAAUAAAGCUUUCAAAAUGAAAUACUACCUGAUUGUACUUGAAAAUGUAAUGCAUUCUUUAUGCAUUCUAUGAUUUUAUUUCUUUAAAUUAAUCAUUUGGUAAAUUACGGUAUUCCAUUGCUUUUCUGUUUUGCAGAUACAAUUUUCCAUAUUUUUUUUUCUCUUAUUUAACCGUCAAGAUUAUGUGGAUUUUUUAAGCAUGUAGUAUAUUAUUUACAGAUACAUGAUAUACAGAAGUGUGACCAUGACAUUUGAUGUGGGUCACUAAGUAGUCAUUACCAACACCAGACAUGUGUGAGGUGCAUAUUACAUUACAAACAUAAUAUUAUGAUGAGGCUUGCAAUGAGCACAUGCACAUGGUAAUGAUAAAAAAUGACUGAUUGUAAAUAAAAUACAUACUGUAGAUGCUAGCAUAUCCCUUGAAACUGUUCUGAGUUGUUGAUAAAGACAUGGAUAGAUGUAUCCAGCUAGCUUACUGCAAGAAAUUUAGCAUGUGUCAAAGAAUUUCACUGUUUAACAUUAUUAUUGCCAUUGCUAUUAACACUGGAAAGGUCUGUGAAUUGAAAGUUAUAAUUAUUUUAAUGUCAAACUUUUUCAUUAUGGAGUCAUAAAAUUGGAGCGGGAGCUUUCCUAAGCUAAGAGUUUUUCUAACUUUCUGGUACUUAGUGUUACUGUUUUAGACAGGUAAACAUUUGACAAAAUAAGUAAGUUGAGCCUCUACAUGGACCAGUGAUACUCAAUUUGCUGUGUACGUGAAAUCGUAAGUGUGAAGGCUAGUCAGUUGUUAGCUGUUUACACAUGUGAGCAAUAUUUUGUAAUAGCAAAUUAAUUAAUACCACAUUUGCACCAAUAAUGUUGUUGUCUUGGAACAGAAUAUUUUCACAACAAAAACUCUUCUUUUUCGGCCUGUUUAUGAUGAGGGAGCCAGCCACGUUAGCCUCCCACUAUAAGAUUUUAUUAUUAUAAAUCUUAUCUAACUAAAUUUACUAUAAGAUUUUCUUAUUUAUAAAUCUUAUAUAACUAAAUUUAAUAGCCAGAAUUUUGAGUCUUUCCAAAAUUCCUAGUCCUAACUUUGUUCACUGGUGGACAGCCGAUUUUGAGCAAGUCCCCAAUACAGUUCUCAGUGGUUGCUGUAGUUAUAUUAUUAUUAAAUUUCGACCCUGCUCGCUGUAGAGCUUCCAGUAGCUCAGCAGUUGGAGCAUCAGAUCUAUGAAUCAGAGGACUUGUUAGUUCAAAAUGCAAAUCUCAUAUGGAGCUUGGAAUUUUCUCGGAGCUUUCCAAUGUUAGAUUUCUCUAUUUCUAAAAAAUAAAUGACAAAAUUAAUUUGAUCUGUGCCUUUCAGCUUGUACAAGAAAGAUUUAAGGGCGUAGUGGCCAACAACACGCUGGUUUCACACAUAUUGGGAGCUGGAGAUUAUCUUACAGCAACAAAACAGAGUAUCAAAAUGGAGGCUGAAAUUCUUUCUCAACUGUUGUGUGACAGGAGAGAUUAUACCCUCGCUUGCAUGACAGAGUUUUGGAAAGUUUACUGCGAGAAUCACACAACAUUGGAAACACUGUACAGCUUAAUGAAUGACUGUGUUUUAAGACACAUCCACUGCGAGGGACUGGAGUUAUUUUCUGAGUAUAUCUGGACUAGCAAGCCACAGUACUAUGACCUGGAUUUUUUGGAUAUGAUGAAUUAUCCACAAAUUGGUGAUGAGGGCUUUCAUUUCAUAGAAGAGGAAAGAGUACCACGGAGGUCAAUAUUGUAUAUUGGCAGGAGAUAA